UAUGACCAGAAAAAAAAAAUUACAAUGUAAGUGGAUAUUAGUUAAACUCUUAAUUAAUUGGCUCAUUCAUACUCGAGAAAUUCUGAAAAGAGACUUUUUUUAACUCUUAUGAGGACUCUAAUACUGAGAUAGAAAGAUUGAUGAAAAUUCUUACUCCUGUUUGGAUAAACACUUAGAUAUCGUUCAUAUCCAAAUCACAGUACUAAAGUUAUAAAUGGGGUUAGCAUUUUUUAUUUUAACCAUCUAAAUGUCAUGAAAACGUUAAACAACAUGGCUUCACGUUUGAGAUUUUGGGUGUGUUGCCAAAUAGUUUUAGUUAUAGUGUUUGCUUCAACAUGUAAUUGUGAAGUAAAAUCAGCAAUUGGAGAUCCAGGGAUGAAAAGGGAUAAUCUAAGAGUUGCAAUUGAAGCAUGGAAUCAGUGCAAUGAGGUCCAUGAAGAGGCUCCUAACAUGGGAAGUCCUAGGGAAGCUGAUUGUUUUGAUGUCCAAAAAUCAAAAUCUAGGACAAAGCUGGUUCACUUGGUGAAUGAGGAAGAUAACAAGCUGAGCAUAAAUGAUGCCAAAAGCUUAGGACAAGAGAACCUAAAUGUGAAUACAUAUGCAGCCUGGAAAGAACUCUUUUUAGGAUACAAAUGCCAAGUUCAAGAUGAACCAAAACCAUGGAAUUUUUGGAUGAUCAUGCUCAAGAGUGGCAACAUGGACACAACAGCUGCUAUUUGUCCCAAAAAUGGCAAACCAUCUCAGCCAUUUCCGCAAGAAUCGCGUUUUCCAUGUUUUGGCAAAGGUUGCAUGAAUAUGCCUAGAAUAUACCAUGAUUAUACUACACUACAUAGCCAUAGAAAACAUCCAAAGAGGAGUAUAUUGAAGGGAAGUUUUCAUGGGACAUGGGAUUUGGAUGCUGAUAUGAGCAAGGCACAGACUCAGAAUGAUACCUCAUUUUUCAAAGUUACUUGGCAUAAGGAUCUUGGAAAAGGGAGCUGGAAAUUUCAUCAUAUCUUGAAGACUUCAUCAAAGUACCCUUGGUUGAUGCUUUACUUGAGGUCUGAUGCAACUACUGGAUUUUCUGGUGGAUAUCAUUAUGAAACAAGAGGCAUGUCAAAAAUAGUCCCAAAGUCGCCAAAUUUCAAAGUGAAGUUCACACUUGAUAUAAAAAGAGGAGGUGGUCCAAGCAGCCAAUUUUAUCUAAUGGACAUGGGUAGUUGCUGGAAGAACAAUGGCCAGCCUUGUGAUGGUGAUGUGACAACAGACGUUACACGAUACAGUGAAAUGAUCAUUAAUCCUGAUACUGAAGCAUGGUGCAACCCAAAGGAAAAUUUGAAGUUGUGCCCACCUUACCAUACUUUUGCAAAUGGAACUCGAGUUCACCGGACUGAUGAGGCAAGAUAUCCCUAUGAUGCUUAUCAUGUUUAUUGCUCCCCAGGCAACGGAAAGUAUCUUGAAGAACCGUUCAAUUACUGUGAUGAAUAUAGCAACCCUCAAGCUCAGGAAAUAGUGCAAGUUUUGCCUCACCCUGUUUGGGGUGAAUAUGGAUAUCCAACUAAGAAAGGGGAAGGAUGGAUAGGUGAUCCAAGAACUUGGGAACUUGAUGUCGGGAGACUCUCACAAUCACUUUACUUCUAUCAGGAUCCAGGCACUAAACCUGUUGAGAGGCAUUGGCCAUCUAUUGAUUUGGGAACUGAGAUAUAUGUUAGCAGCAAUCAAGUUGCUGAGUGGACCGUUAGCGACUUUGAUAUCAUUAUUACUAAUGAAUAGUUUCACUUUUGGUUAGGAAUAGAGUUUAGUAUUUUAGGCUUGUUUCACUUAAAACAUUAUUACAACUCGAGAAUAUUUUGUUUAUGUUUAUAUCACUUAGUUAGAGACAUAUAGCCACUUGUGUUACCAGCAAAAGCUUGAUCAUCUAUGAAGGGAUUGUCCCAUGCCAGAUCUAAACUGACUUUUCAUGCAGUAUCUAUCAAGCAAAUGUGUCAAGAUCUGAACACUAAAAUCUAACACAAAUGAUUAAAUGUUCUAUGUUCUUAUUCCAUUAUC